UGGRGUGUUUCUGUGUUUUGUUGUUUUUUAUUGUUUAUUUUUGUGUUUAUAACACUUGAGUCUUUAUGGCACUGUCCGACCCGGUCCAGGUGAAUGUUUUGUGUAUUUGCAGCCCACCGCUGACAUGUUUGUUGUUGAACCCUGCUGCUUGGUCUUGCAGCCAGAGAUCCUCUAAGAAGAUUUGCGGAUUUGCUCUCGCCUUCUGAUUCGUCCCCUGUUCCUGAUCAGGUUGGAGGAACCCGGUUCACAUUGUGUUACAGGAGUUCUGUCAGUGGAGGGAAUGCAAAGGAAACUGGUUUGGAUCCGGUCGGAUGAAGCCUGGUUCCCUUUUUAYGCACAGAGAGCGGAGCACACCGGGAUCACAGAGCAUCUUCACAGUUGCUCUCAGACUCACAACCCUCGUGCUGUUAAUGAAACUAAUGGAUCUGGGUAUCAUAGAUGAAACCCCCUCUGAACAAAGCGGUUCCUGGUCGGACAAGCAGCCCAUGGGUCUGGAGCACCAGCAGGAACCAUGACAGACAGCUGGACGGGUUUUAACGCCACGCAGCUGCAGGUGGUUGUUGAAGCGGAACAUUUCAACAUCCCGGCGCUCAUAUUCGGAGUUUUACUGAUUUUUUUUGUCACGGGUGGGAACGUACUCGUGUGCCUCAGUGUUUACAUGGAGAAGGCUUUAAAAACUACAACUAACUACUUCAUAGUGAGUCUGGCAUUUGCAGAUCUGCUGCUGGCGGUGCUCGUCCUGCCGCUCUUUGUUUACGCAGAGCAGAUGUAUUGCUGUGUCCAUCCCGCUGAACUACAACCGUAAACAWGUGGACUACCGUCAAACCCUUCUUCUGUCUGCUACCUGGCUGCUGGCCUCCGCCGUUGCCUCACCGGUCAUCUUCGGCAUCAACAAUGUGCCUGACCGUAACCCCAGCGAGUGUAAACUGGAGGACAACAAUUAUGUGAUUUAUUCAUCGGUCUGCUCCUUCUUCAUUCCCUGUCCCAUAAUGGUCCUGCUCUACUUUGGUGUCUUUCGAGGGCUGCAGCGGUGGGAGGARACCCGUAAGGCCAAACUGCGCAGCAGCAUUGAGGAGUGCCGGAAGCUGCAGCACGCCACCACGGCCGCCUCCCUUCCCACGCUGACAGGCACCAUUCCCGGGCCUCUGCCGAUGCCCCUGCCCAGAAUCAUUGAGCGGGACCUGGCCCAGAGUCGGAUGGAUGAUUCAGGCGAUUACAUACAGAAAGAGAUUCCUUAUCCUCGGCAGUACAGAGAAAACUCUGUGCCCACAGUGACAUUCAGCCAACAGCAACAGCUCAAGAAGAGGGCCAAACUUAACAACAGGGAGAGGAAAGCUAUGAGGGUCCUGCCUGUUGUUGUAGGCUGCUUCCUGUUCUGCUGGACUCCAUUCUUUGUGGUCCACACAAUGCGAGCCUUGUGUUUGACCUGCAACAUCCCUCCCGCUCUGAUCAGCAUCGUCACCUGGCUGGGUUACGUCAAUAGUGCCCUCAAUCCCAUCAUCUACACCAUCUUCAACACAGAGUUUAGGAAGUUUUUCAAGAAAUGUUUGCAUAGCUGCUGCUGACACCCACUGUCCUCUGACAGACUGUUAAGUUUAAAGGACAGUCUGGUCAGUUUUCAGGUGAGGUUCUGUCAAAUAGAUAAAUACGUAUUACCUUAGUCCCAGAAUAUAGUGUUAGGAGAAAAAUUCACAAGGCUAUGCUAAAGGCUAGCCAAACAAGGGCUAAUGUUUAUGGUUUGUCAGGCUAAAAAAUUUAAAUCUUUCUCAAAAUCAGCAUACUACCGUGAAAGAAUGUGUCAUGC